AUGCACAAGAACCAGCGCACCAUUGACGCACUGAACCCUUCUCCCAAACGACCCGCGGCAUCAUCGUCGUCGUCCGAACCUCCCUCUUCGUGUCCUGUGCCUCACGGCCAACGAUCCUCCGACUCCUCAGCCCCUCAGAAGUCUACCCUAUCAAGGCUAAACCCGCUCAACUACAUGUUUCGUGACAUCUCCCAAGCUCCCGCUCCAAACCAGUCUCAGGCGCUGCCCACAUCACGAGAUGCCUCAUCCAUCCCCAAAGGCACUGGUGACGGCAACUGGGAGUACCCUUCGCCCCAGCAGAUGUACAACGCUCUGCUGCGCAAGGGAUACAGCGAUACCGAUGUCACCGCCGUGGAGAGCAUGGUCGCCGUGCACAACUUCUUGAAUGAGGGCGCAUGGAUGGAGAUUGUCGAGUGGGAGAAGAGGUUUGGCAAGGGCUUGUCUCGCGGAUGGGAGAUCUGUAGGAGGGGCGAGGAGAACGCUGAGCAAGCAGCAAACAGACUGGCAGCGCUAGAAGGCAGAGAUGCAUCCCAGGAUACCCCGACCCUGAUACGCUUCCAGGGCCGUCCCAAGGAUAUGACCCCCAAGGCGGCCAUGAUCCAGGUGAUGGGAUGGCUGUAUCCGGCCAAGUUUGGCACCGAGCCCCCCUUCGACCGCCACGACUGGUUUGUCUCGCGCAACAUCAACGGGCAGGCGCAACAGGUCCGUUACGUUAUCGAUUACUAUACCGGACCACCCGAGCCAACGGGCGAGCCCGUAUUUUAUCUCGAUGUCCGCCCUGCCAUGACGCCAACUGGCGCCGUUGAGCGCUUGAUGCGAUGGGGAGGAGAUGUGUGGUGGAAGGCGUCUGGGGGCGAGGUUCGCGAGGCAAAUCUUAGACAGGCGGCCGGGAAAUAG